CUCUUCUCUCUUCUCUCUUCUCUCUCAACAACAACAACAAGAAGGAGAAGCAAUGCUGGCUCCAGUCGAACCCCAUUCUUUAUAAGCCGCAACCAUCGCUGUCUCCUACCCCGAGAAGACCCUCCUCCUUUACCUUGCAUUCUUGCAAUUUCUUCUUGAUCCCUCCCCCCUCCCGAACGUGCCCUCCCAUGGGCACUCCUCUCCUCCUCCUCCUCCUCCUCAUCUUCUUCCUGGCCCUGUCGCCCUUAUGCUCCGCCAUCCGCUCUUUCCCGGCGGCGGUGGCCGACGUGCCCCGGUUCGCCGAGGCCCCCGAGUACCGUAACGGCCGGGGCUGCCCCGCCGUGUCCCCGGCCUCCUCCUCCUCCUCCUCCUGCGACCCCUCGCUCGUCCACGUCGCCAUGACCCUCGAUUCCGAGUACCUCCGCGGCUCCAUCGCCGCCGUCCACUCCGUCCUCCGCCACGCCGCCUGCCCCGAGAACGUCUUCUUCCACUUCGUCGCGGCGGAGUUCGACCCGGCCAGCCCCCGGGUCCUUACCCGGCUCGUCCGCUCCACCUUCCCUUCCCUCAACUUCAAGGUCUACAUCUUCCGGGAGGACACCGUCAUCAACCUGAUCUCGUCCUCCGUCCGGCAGGCCCUCGAGAACCCGCUCAACUACGCCCGCAACUACCUCGGCGACAUCCUCGACCCCUGCGUCGACCGGGUCAUCUACCUCGACUCCGACCUCCUCGUCGUCGACGACAUCCGCCGCCUCUGGGACACCCCGCUCCGCGGCUCCCGCGUCAUCGGCGCCCCCGAGUACUGCCACGCCAACUUCACCAAGUACUUCACCGACGCCUUCUGGGCCGACCCGGUCCUGUCCCGGGCCUUCGGGUCCCGGGACCCGUGCUACUUCAACACGGGGGUGAUGGUGAUGGACCUGGCGAGGUGGCGGGAGGGGGGCUACCGGAAGCGGAUCGAGGGGUGGAUGGAGGUGCAGCGGCGGCGGAGGAUAUACGACCUGGGGUCGCUGCCGCCCUUCCUGCUGGUGUUCGGGGGGAACGUGGAGGCGAUCGACCACCGGUGGAACCAGCACGGCCUCGGCGGCGACAAUGUGAGGGGGAGCUGCAGGUCGCUCCACCCAGGACCGGUGAGCCUCCUGCACUGGAGCGGGAAGGGCAAGCCGUGGGUGAGGCUGGACGAGAGGAGGCCGUGCCCGCUGGACCACCUGUGGGAGCCUUACGACCUGUACAGCAGGACGGGCAGCAUAUUCGGGUUCGGUUCGGGUUCGGGCUCUCCUUCUUCAGGGAGCGCAUUGAUCGGGUACACGAGCUACUUGUGGUGAAGGAGACUCGAUGAUGACGACGACGACGACGAUUCUUUGGAUCUUACAUUAUCUUCUUCUUUCUCUCAAUACAUUGUUCAGAUUGAUUGGCGAUUCUUUGAUAGGUGUUUGUACAGAUUGAACGGC